AGCUUCCCAGAGUCCACAGCCGCCUCUCAAGACGUCUUCAUUACAGUCGCUCCCACAAGAUCGAAACACCCAUAAACAAAAAGGUAAAUGGCGUCCAUGUCCCUACCCCUAAAUUUCUGAAAUCCCUAAAAAUUUGCAAUACGCUAAACCCCUCUUCUCCUUCUCUGAGGCUCAGACCCAAAGAAUCCGAAGCCCAGAAAUGGCCUCGACCACCACCAGUAUCAAUUCCGGCGGCGGCGAGGACCGAGUCCUGGCCACGGCCCAGCAGAUCGUGAAGAGCCUCAACACUCCGAAAGAGGUCCGAGAGGACAUGCUGUUGAUUUUCUCUAGCUUCGAUAAUCGGCUCUCGAACAUCACCAAUUUGAUCGACGGAGAGGAUUCUGUGACCGAGGAGGACCGCUUCGAUGCCGCCGAGAAGGUCAUCCUCCGGUGGGACUCUAGCUCCCUCGAAGCUUCUAGGCGCUCGCUCAACUCCGAGGACUCCCGCAACGAGGCCCAUGAGUACUUGUCCGCCGUCGACGAGAUUCUCAACCUGAUGGAUGAGCUAUCGGUUCGGUCCGACAGUGAUAUCGUCGACCGGGCCGAGAACGCGAUCCAGCUGGCGAUGUCCCGGCUCGAGGACGAAUUUCGCCUCGUGAUGAUCCGCAACACGGUCCCGCUCGAGGCCGAGCGCCUCUACGGUUCGAUCCGCCGGACCGCGCUCUCCUUCCCUGUCAACGAUGGCGAAAUCUACGGGGAUUUCGAGAGCUUCAGCGAGGAGGACCCUAGUGCCACCCAACCAUACCACGAGCGCGGCGCCAGCUUGGGCGACGACGUAUCUGUCGAUUUGAUUGAUCCCAAAGCGGUCGACGAGCUGAAAGAGAUUGCCAGCCGUAUGCUUCGCUCCGGUUACGAGAAGGAGUGCGUUCAGGUCUACAGUAGCGUCCGCCGCGACGCCCUGGAUGAAUGUCUUGCAAUUUUGGGGAUAGAGAAAUUGAGCAUUGAAGAGGUCCAGAGGAUUGAGUGGAACUCAUUGGACGAGAAGAUGAAGAGAUGGAUUCAAGCUGUUAAGAUCUUUGUUAAGGUCAUCCUCAGCGGCGAGAAAUGUCUCUGCGAUCAAAUUUUCAGUGGCCUAGAUGAUACCAAGGAAAUUUGCUUCAACGAGACUGUGAAAGGUUGUGUGAUGCAGCUCUUGAAUUUUGGCGAGGCAGUUGCGAUCGGGAAAAGGUCACCUGAGAAAUUAUUCAGGAUAUUGGAUAUGUAUGAUGUGAUAAAUAACGGGUUGCCGGAAUUGGAGGAGAUGGUUACCGAUGAUCUUGUAAUUGCUGAGGCGAAAGGGGUGCUCACGGGGCUGGGCGAGGCAGCCAUUGGGACGUUUGUAGAGUUUGAGAAUGCGGUUCGGAGUGAGACCUCGAAGAAACCGAUGCAAUGCGGUGAUAUUCAUCCCCUGACGCGGUAUGUGAUGAAUUACGUGAAGUUGAUUGUGGAUUAUAGCGAUACUCUGAACUUGCUGCUGGACAAUAGUCAAGAUGAUGGGUGUGAUACUUUGCAAAAUGAUAAUGAUAAUGAUAACUUCAGAUUGUCACCGUUAGCCCGUAGGUUGGUCCGGUUGAUAUCCUCUCUACAGUCCAAUCUUGAGGAGAAAUCGAGACUCUAUGAGGAUACUGCGCUGCAAUAUAUAUUUCUGAUAAAUAAUUCUCUGUACGUGGUGCAGAAAGUGAAAGGUUCAGAUCUUGGGGAGCUUUUAGGUGAUAAUUGGGUUCGUAAGCGUCGUGGCCAGAUACGGCAAUACGCGACAAGCUAUCUUAGGGCUUCUUGGAGCAAGACGUUGUCCUUUUUAAGGGAUGAAGGGAUAGGUGUGAGCUCAAGCAAUGCCUCCAAGGUGACUCUGAAGGAAAGAUUUAAGAAUUUCAAUGCGUCCUUUGAGGACAUUUACAGGGUUCAAACUGCUUGGAAGGUUCCGGACGCUCAACUUCGUGAAGAGCUUAGAAUAUCCAUAUCAGAAAAGGUUAUCCCAGCUUACCGCGCAUUUCUUGGUAGGUUUGGGAAUCUAGUAGAGAGUGGAAGACAUGCUGGAAAAUACAUAAAGUACACAGCGGAGGACUUGGAGAGUUUUUUGCUGGAUUUGUUUGAAGGAACACCCCGAGUUCUGCAUCACAUGAGGAGAAAAAGUUCUUAGUGGAGUAAAGGAGGACAGUUGUAACAGUCGGAGAUGAUACAAUGGCCCUUCUUUUGUGUGUGCCUUGGAUUCACAACCAUGGAGAAACAACAAUGGCCUACAGCUGACCUCCUCUUUUCACGAUGUGGUUGGCAUUGAAAUUUAUGUAUAGCCAGCUGGGGGCGAGACUUGGCGCUUUGCUGCUCUGCUUGACUUGGUCACAUGUAAACUGCAAAUACAUUCCAAACCAAUCAAAAUUUUACAAUGGAAUUUAAUACCCAAUUCCCCAGCAUUAUUAUUAAGAAAAGAG